AUGACCGGGCCGCCGUCCUCUUCCUACCCCGGCCAGGUCCCGCCGCCAGCCGCCGUGGUUUCGCCGGAAAACGAGGAGAAAAGCUCCGGUUUUGACAGAAAAUUCGCCGGCUUCGUUCUCCGUCGUCCGGCCGCCAUUUUUGGCGAUCAAGUUAGGGUUCGGCCGGAUUUCGGGAUGAGAUUCCGGCCACUUCCGGUCAGUUUUUGGGGUACGUCCAAGAACAAAAGUGACUCCAAAUUAGGUGUUUUACCUAGGGUAGGAGUCUUGAGCCGUGAUUUGCAGUUUUUCCGGCGAUGCGAUAUCGCUUUGGACACCCGCGCGCUGCCGGCGCGUGUGGCGGCGCGUGGGCACUGUAGCUGA